AUGGCCGCGCUGCAGCGCCAGGCCCAGGUGAUUGCGCGCAGCGCCAAAGUGACUCGGCACUUUGCGUACCAGGACCGCCGCACCAAGCUGAGCGACCGCAAGACGUACCUGUAUGGCAUGUACGAGCGCCUGAUGAAGGAGAGCGAGCUGCUCCUCCUGUUUGAGACGGAAAACGUGAGCAUGCCGCUGAUGAACGCUGUGCGUGCGCAGAUUGCACACGUCCCGAUCCCGACCACGGACCAUGAGCGCCUCGUCGCGCUGAACGGUGGCCAGCCGUGGGACCGCCCGGCGAGCCGCUUCUCGGUCGUGCGCACCGGCUUGCUGCGCCCCGUGUGCCGCAAGCACGACUCGGAGGCCAUCCAACAGCUCGGUCCCUACCUGCACGGGCAGCUCGCGCUCCUGGCGUGCCCCGUCCUGUCGCCCGAGUACGUCGGCCGCCUGCUGCGCGCGAUGGAAAAGCCCCUGAGGGCAGCCGCCGCUGCCGUCGACCCCAAGAGCGGCAAAAAGGUGCCGAAGAUCGCGCCGCUCGUCGCUGUCGUGGAGCAUACGCGCCUCAUCGAGGCGCAGGGCCUGCCGGCGCUGACCAAGCUGCCAGACCUCGCGACGCUGCGGGCCCAGAUCGUCGGUCUGGUCAGCGCGCCCGGCCAGCAGCUCGCCGGCGUCCUCUCGCAGGCUCGCGGCGGCCUCCUGGCAGCCACGCUCGAUGCGCGCCGCCGCGACCUCGAGCCUCCGUCCCCAUAG